AUGGGGAAAGCAGGUAAGUCGCCGGGGACGUCGUCGGUGUUCGAGAGAGUUCUACGUCGCCGGGUACAUGAAACCUUCGGCAACGCCACUCCAUCCUUCGACGAAAUCGUUGACCGCCUCCGUGCCACUUUUCCCGAAUACGGUGGCCACAAGCUCCAACCUUUCACCAGAAUGGUGAAACAAGCCCUAGAUUCCAGCAACAGCAAAGACAAGAAUAAAUCAAGAAGAAACGAUGACGAUGACCGUCGAUCUAUAUUCAACGAUGACGAUGACGGCACAUCUCCGUCGCUACGCAGUCCCGCGAGCAAGAAGGCGAAGAAGAUUGAUAGCAGAGAGCAGAGAUUGCAGAUGUUGGAGAUGAAGCAUGUUGCACGGAGACGAAUUAAGCUACAAUCAACCUCUGAGUCUUCGRAAUCGUCUUCUUCUGAUGUAGAAGAAGAUAGAAGUGCCGUUUCGACCUCCGAUAAUGAGGUUUAUAGCCUGCAAUUUGAACCAGAGUUUGACUUAACGAAAUCGAUGCUCAGAAACAAGUACAGCGGGUCAAAAAUUGAUGGAAAAGUCGAUGAAAAACGUAAAAAUGUGGAGUUAGAGGUGGUUACCAAUAGCAACAAUAAGGUAAAUACAAAAGUUGAUUUGAUGAAGGAAGAUAGAAGGGUUAAGCCAGUGGUAAAAGCUAAGGCACAGAAACAGAAAAACUUGUCAAAUGAUGAUGGUGUUGAUGACAAUGGGAAAGACGAUGGGCCGAGGUUUAAGGACCUGGGUGGUAUGGAUGUAGUCUUGGAUGAGUUGAAGAUGGAGGUGAUUGUUCCUUUAUUUCAUCCACAGCUACCACGAAGCCUCGGAGUUAGGCCGAUGGCUGGUAUUUUGUUACACGGGCCACCUGGGUGUGGGAAGACUAAACUGGCUCAUGCCAUUGCUAAUGAGACUGGAGUUCCAUUUUUUAAGAUUUCUACCACUGAGUUGGUCUCUGGUAUAUCAGGUAGCUUAUAUUAUCUUUACUCAAAUUAUACUUUCGUUUGA